AGCUUUGGCUCAAAGCAAUUAUUUGGUCAUGUCUGACAUGAUUUUUAAUGUCUUUCUUUCCCGAUCAGCUAGAAUGCAACCCUGGUGCAGUGGCAGAUGUGACUGCCUGUACGGAAGCUGUGCUGAAGCCUGACUUCACUGCCUUCACGGCGCUGGCGCUGGCGCUGGCCACUGGCCUCGGCGCCUUCUGCCUCACCGCCGUGCUUGGCUUUCUGCUGCGUGGCCGCCUCACCCGCCCUCAACGCACAGCGGCCUCACCGUCGGCCUCUGUGGCCUCGGCCGUCGGCCGGCGUGGGCUCCAAGGGGAGGAGGCACCUUUCCCUGAGGUGAGCGUUCUCCAGCAGUUCCUCAAACAAGCCCAGCUUCACCCAGAGGCUGAGGUCGCCAGGGCCGUUGGUGUCUCGUCAUUGUCCCGUCAGGAUCUAGAAGCAGCUGCAAGGAGCCUUGCCCAGCUGCUGCAAAGCGGAAACGAAGGUGAAGAUGCAAUUGGAGAGGGUGGAAGGCAAGGCUCGCUGGUGGCGAUUUUCUUGGAGCCAGGCCCACGUCAGGUUGUUGCCAUUUUGGGCAUUUGGCUGGCUGGCAAGGCAUGGACUCCCCUUGACCGGCAGUCGCCUUUUCAGCGAGUUGCUGAGAUGCUCCAACUGGUCAAGCCAUUUGGUUUGGUCUGUGAUGAGACGGCCUUCUUAGAUGCUUCCGAUGACUCGCUUCGGGUGGUCUGCGCAGAUCCUCGGGAUUCGAGGGGCGUGGAAUGGACUGUGUGGACCCGAGCAGAGAAGAUGACGAAGUCACUGAAGUCAGAGGCAGUCACUGAGCUUAAACUCACAGCAGACAGUGUGGCGCAGGUGAUUUACACCUCCGGGUCCACAGGUGUGCCUAAGGGCGUGGUCUACUCCCACUCCAGGCUUGCACACUCCUCGCACUUCUUCGGCGAGCAGUGUGGAGUGGGUGCUGGUACGAAGUGUUUGCAACGUACUGCCAUGAUUUGGUCUGUUUACCGACACGAGAUCUAUCCGGUGCUUUGCAAAGGUGGUACCAUCAUUUUCCAUGGCCAGCCACCUGGUGCUCAAGGUCAACCAGCGGGUGAACCGCUGCGAAUGGCCCAGGUCAUCGAGUCUGAGGCCGUCAAUCUCUUCGUGACCACCCCCACAGUGCUGGAGCUUGUGCUCGAUGCUUCGGCUGGGCUUCCAUCAGCACCUUUGGGGUCGUUACGACACGUGGUUUGCAUGGGAGAAGCGUUGCCUCGGAGACUGGCGCAAAGCUUCUACGACCAAGUCCCUGGUGCUUGUCUUUGGAACUUCUAUGGCUCCACGGAAACCGAGAACGCCACCUUCGAGGUGCCAAGGACAACUCAAGACGUGUCCAGUUUUCCAACUCAAGUGUUUCGUCUGUGUCUGACUCCUGAUCUGUUUAGGACUUCAACAUCACAGACUUGACAGUGUUUUUCGCUAUGACUUGUGCGUCCAUUGGUCGUUGUUUCCUCCAUAUUCAGGGGAACAUCAUCAAACCCUUGUCUUGUCUAUCUAAAAACAUGUCAACAAUCUUUCACCAUUUUUCCCGAAGCAGGCAGUUUCCUGUUUGCUUCGCUCAAUGCUUUUAAGUGUGUGCUUUGGCUGGGCUGUGCCCGUCUCCCCCUGCCAACCUCUGCCGACCUCAAUCCUUCGCGUUUGUCUUCCAAUCUGAGCUGCUGCGUCAAUCCUUUUUUGUAGCUGCUGCUGCUAGAACCUGCUUCUUGUCAUGGCCGAAAACUGUUUGGGGUCUACGGUCCGUGGUGUAAUUGGUAAUACUGUACUAGUCAAGUCUAAUGUCCGGUGUUUAGGUUGGUUCCUUUUGCCUUAAUUAUACAGUACAUAUUCAGUCUGGCAUUGGUUCUUUUUUUUCAACAGAACCAGCAAGCCUUCCAAUGGGUUUCUCCAAAUAUCUUGUCCAUCCGUUUAUCAUUCCCCACAGACCCUUGUCGCCCGUCCACCUGCCCGUCUCAAUGCCUGCAAUUUUCUGUUUCCUAUGUACUUUUUUCAUCCACUGCAUAGUCCUGUUCAUCUCCGGGCCUUACGUCGACGCAUAUUGCGUAGUUUGUUGUAAUCACUAUUUUUCAACACCCCUUCAAAUUGUACAUGUUUCAGGGGGUUCAACUUAUAUCCAGGUGCCUUACUAGUAGUAACAGGUGCCUUACUAGUAGUAACAAGAAGC